GAUUUGCAAAUAGAACGAGAGAGAACCGUGUAUAAUAUUUCUGGUGGCUGCACAGCCCUUGUGGUGGUGUAUUUAUUGGGGAAGCUUUACGUGGCAAACGCUGGCGAUAGCAGAGCUAUAAUAAUCCGAAAUGGCGAAGUCAUUCCAAUGUCUUCAGAAUUCACUCCAGAGACCGAACGUCAGCGACUUCAGUAUCUGGCUUACAUGCAGCCCCACUUGCUAGGAAAUGAGUUCACGCAUUUAGAGUUUCCACGGAGGGUGCAGCGCAAGGAAGUUGGAAAGAGGAUGCUCUACCGUGACUUCAACAUGACUGGCUGGGCAUACAAAACCAUUGAGGAAGAUGACUUGAAGUUUCCCCUUAUAUAUGGAGAAGGCAAGAAGGCUCGGGUUAUGGCAACAAUUGGAGUGACCCGAGGACUGGGAGACCAUGACCUGAAAGUGCACGACUCCAAUAUAUACAUCAAACCUUUCCUGUCCUCAUCUCCCGAG